GGAGGCUCCCAUUCGCCCCGUCCCUUGCGCGCGCGCGCCGCCGGAGUCAUGGCGCCCGCGGGGCCGCCGUCACUCCUCACCGUGCGGACGGUGGAGGGCAAGGAGGCCUCCAUCCGGAGGAGGCUGCGGGAGGGCCAGACGGUGCAGGAGCUGCGCCACCAGGUGGCUGGCGUGCUGGGGCUGCUGCAGGUGCGCACCCGCCUCGAGCACGGGCGCGUGCUGGCCAGCAACCAGGUGGUGGCGGACCUGCUCGGCUUGUCGGUGAGCGAGGAGGACCAGACGUGGUGCCCCCACCCACGGAGAUGA